GGGCUUAAAUUUCAUAUCAAAUGAGACGAAAACUUUUAAAAACCAUGCGUUUUAAGAAAUUUUGAUUUAAAUAUUUUUUUAAUCUGAACUUUGACCCUUAAUAACUUUUGUAAUUGUUGUUUCCGCAAAAGAAAUAUUCCUUUAUACUCACCGGAAUGAGAUCUAUCGAUCACCAUAUGUUUUUUGUUUUAAAUUUGGGAAUCGGAGCUAUUCUGCAUCUAUGCCGAAAAUUACAUCAAAGAUAGUAUUAAAAACUUGGAGAUUUUUUCUUAAAAAAAAGGAGCUUUUUAGGUUUAUAGCGCUUUUCGAAAUAAAUGACUUGGCAUCACGGAAAACUCAUUGACAGUUGUUGAAAAUAGAAAGCAAACAAAAACAGGGCGAUUUCUUAUCUGUCGGAAUUUUUUUACCUUUUUCCAUAAUUAGCAGUAGUUACAAAUUAGUUUAAAUAUAAAAUAUUACUCAUCUAAACUCACAAUAUCGGAAUCACAAUCAUCGCAUAUCAAAACAGAAUAUGUAUCUAGCAUGAAGUACUUUGUAGCAUAAUUAAAACUAUCCUUACGCGGAACUCGAUAUGGUGUGAAGGAGAGGAAUCGCCAGAAUGAAUGAGCCCCUUCAAGCAAAUAAUGAGAAUUGUGAACAAAUGCCAGGUGCCAGUGGUGGUGAUGUCGCCACCACAUCCAGCGCAACUACUCCCACAACGAGUAAGGAGAAACGCAAUUGGUUCCAGUCAUUGACUAGACGAAAAAAGUCUCAAUCACAAAUAUCACUUGCUGAUAUACCAUCAACAUCACGGGAACCACCUAAUACACAAAACAACAACAAUGAACCUUUGCAGGCGGCUUGUAUCAGAAACCCAAGUAGUGGCUACGAUUCGAAUACUAAUAAAGAGCACGGGCUAAGCAGCUCGACUGGUCGUAAGCGUAAAGACGAAAAGAAUGUAUUCCAACGGUUGCGAAAGAAAAUGGGUUUGCGCUUUUCUUCGUUGCGUCAUCGCAACGAUGUUGGCGAUGAAGCCAAGUUUGGUACUGGGGCGAAAUAUCAAGACUCGACGCACAAAGGCAACUAAGCGACAAACCCACCGGUUCGUUUCUGGUGCGUGAUUCGGAAACUCGUGGCUGCCAGUUUACGUUAAGUUUUCGAAUUGUGAACGUAACGUUUCAUUAUCGCUUAGAAUACCGUGAUGGAUAUUGGCAUUUUGAGGAAUUACAAUACGAAUCUAUUGUGGAAAUGAUAGAAGACAUUCUAUAUCGUUGUACUAAUGAUAAUUUUGUAUGUUUCGUAAAAGUACAGAAUGAAUUGCAACCGCCCUGUCCAGUCAUAUUGAAGUAUCCACUUAGUCGCUAUUUCAAAAUGCCACAGUUGCAGGACUUGUGCCGACGUGUUAUACAGCAACAUACCGCAUCUGAAGAAAUUCCAAAGCUGCCGAUUCCACCAAAGCUUCAAGAAUAUUUAAAUGUUAAACGCGAACUAGUAUUUCAUAGUUAAUCAUAAAUUAACUCAUUUAUAAGAAACUGUUGUUUUUGACACAUGCGAAUUGUUUUGCUUAUUGCUAGAACUUUUAAUAAUUGCAAUCGUUAUAUAACACUAAAGUCAAAAAAAAUACUUAGAUGAAAGCCAAAGUAGGGAUAGCAAAAACAAUAAAAACCACACACAUGUAGUAAAUAUUUAAUUUAAAAACACGACAAAAAAGUUCACUAAUAGAGUAUUAGAUUGAAUUAUAUGUAUGUAUGUGUUACACCCCACAUACGUCCAUUCUUAAAAUCUUAUUUUUUGAAAAAAAUAUGCAAACAGAGAGAGUUCCAUAUGUAUAUUUAUGUAUGUACAGUA